UUGAGUACCGGAAGUCGAAGCCUUCGCAGGUACGUUCACUUUGUCAUUCUGUUGUUUUCGGGUGUUGUUUUACUUCCGGUCAAUGGCAUACCCUCGACGUUUCUUCGUGAGAGCCGGCGAUGCGAAUAUGUUGCAUUUGGAUGAAGUGGAAAGCGACAGCGAUGAAGAGGCUUUCAGAGGGUCUGACGAUGAGCCGGAAUACGAUGGAGGGCAAACGAUUAUUGGAACUGCAGUGUUGGAUGGCGUUUUUUCAGACGAUCCUCCUCCUCGUGUGAUGAGAGAAGAAGCCGUGGCAGAACCCAUGGAGUCACGUGACGAUGAAGAAGGAAUACCAUCCCUAGACGUCACUACCUUCACAGAUGACACUUCAGAUGACAAUGCAAGACAAGGCGAAUUUACAACAGACAUUGAUGGAACAAGACAUGACGGUCCGAGAGAGGUAUCACCACCCAAGAGGCCAAGAAACGACGACAUGUUACAGCUACCUGAUGUUCCCGUUUCCCCUGCACUUGAUGUUUCUCUGUCUCCUCUGUUUUCUUUGUCUCUAUCUCCUAUAGCAAACAAUAAUACAUUACAGUCACCUGAUGCUCCCUGUUCUCCUAUACUACAUUCUUCUCAGUCUCCUGUCGUACAUGCACGUGCUUCUCGGUCUCGGUCUCCUGUCGUACAUGCUCGAGCUUCGCUGUCUCCUGCUGUCCAAACUCGUUCUUCUCGGUCUCGAUCUCCUGCCGUACAUUCUCCUGCCUCUCUGUCUCCUUCUGUCCGAACUCGUUCUGUUCAGUCUCGGUCUCCUGUCGUACAUGCUCGUCCUUCUCGGUCUGUCGCACAUGCUGGUGCCAGUGCUGCUAGGACAUUGUUCCCCAUCAUAACUUCAGCUCCGAGACGUACAGCACCCUCGACAGUGACAGUUCCUAUGCUACUACGUGAACGAGGCCUAACGGUAACUACUGUGCCUGACAUGACAGCUCUUUGCACAGUGCAAACAACGACAACAUCCACAGUUUCUACAGCUACAGCUGCUGCUUCAUCCAACAGUCUGUCCACUACUGCUUCUCUGAUAUCACAAACUCCACCAACCACUACAACAAGUCUUCCGUCAACUACAACUACAAAUCUUCUGUCAACUACAACAACUGCUUCAAGGAUGUCAUUACGAAGUCGAAGAACGUCAACAAGUCUUCCAUCAACUACAGGGUUUCUGUCAACUACAACAACUGCUUCUAGGAUGUCACAAACUCCACCAACCGCUACAACAAGUCUUCCGUCUACUACAACUACAGCUGUUCAACCAGCCGUUGGCCCUUCCUUCCAAGUCCAUGCUACCAGACCUGCAAGGCGUGCCAGGCAGCAAGCUGUUGCUCAACCACCAGCAACAGCUCCAGCUCCAGUGCCAGCUCCAGCUCAAUUGUCCACAAUGGACCCUGUUGACAGUUACGAGCUGGAAUGGGAAAAAGCUGACAGCUUGCUGCCUAUUCCUGGGUAUAGUGGUCCCCAACCUGGAACAACUUUCCAAGACCCCGACUGCACAGAGCUGUCCAUUUUCAACAAGAUCUUCGACAACGAAGUCUGGCAGAUGAUGGUAGACUACACAAACCUGUACGCAGAUGUUUUCCGUACCGCUGAGCCAGACAAAUAUAAAGACAAAUGGACACCUGUCAGUCGGGGAGCUACAAUGCUACUUUGGAAUGGUCAUUGCAAUGGGGAUCGCUAAAUGUCCGAGAAUUGACUAUUACUGGCAACAAAGGUACCCGACCACCUGCCUGGUAGGAAUACAAGCAGUCAUGCCCAGAAAUCGAUUUCAGGCCAUAUCUAGGUACUUACAUAUCUCGGACAGAACCCAGGAACCGGCACGUGGGACAGAAAAAUAUGACAAGCUCUACAAAGUGAGAGAGUUCCACAACCUACUUGCAACAAAACAUCAGCCCCUAUACAACAUCGGCCCUCAAAUUACCAUCGACGAAGCCAUGAUUCCUUUCAAAGGGAAGAUUGGCUUUCGUCAAUAUAUGAAAGAUAAGCCAACAAAAUGGGGCAUAAAGGUUUGGACCCUCAGUGAUGCUAGAACCGGCUACAUCUACCGUAGUCUCGUAUACACCGGGAAAAGCCUCACUGAGAGACAGCAUGGUCUCCUCGGCAACCGGGUUGUCUGUGGACUGUUACACGGUUUUGAAAAUACAGGUAUGAACCUGUACACCGACAACUUCUACAGCAACCCGGAGUUAUACCUGCAUCUGCAAGAACGCAACAUCUUUUCUUGCGGAACCAUCGGGCAGAACAGGAAAGGGUUUCCGCAAGCCCUUCAUAUGACAAAACCCGAGGAGAAUCGCACAGCAAUGGGGACAAUUGACUGGACAGUCUCAUCUCCACUUCUGUGUGUUACAUGGAAGGACAAACGAUUGGUGCGAGUUAUCUCCACUAUCCAUCCUCUCCAAGAAAACAACACAUGGUGUCAAGUGCGACGAAGCAGAGGGCGUAAUCCCACCUUCUUGGAUUGCCCUGUCGCAAUUCGAGACUAUAACUUAUAUAUGAGAGGAGUGGAUAGAGGAGAUCAACUCGUCACUAUCUACAACGCCGGCUGACGGACAAAAAAAUGGUGGAAACGGAUCUUCUGGCAUGAAGUUGAAUGUAUGCUUCUAAAUGCACACAUCAUAUAUAAUAGUCAAAAGGCAGUAAGACAACCGUUUCUCACCUUCAAGUCCAAGCUUUGACAACAAAUGGGACGACCCAGAAUUCACCCGGUCCAGGAACGACUAAACAAAGUCCUGUGACAUAACGUCUUUUUCUCAAAAGAACGACGUGGUUGCAGAGUGUGCAGCGACUCAACGAAACAAGCAGGAAGACUUGUAGGUAAAGGAAUGCGUGUACGGUCGUACUGCGACAUUUGCAAAGUAUAUCUGUGCUGCACUCCCACUAGGGAUUGCUUUUAUGUCUAUCAUAAUCAAAGAAAUUAUUUGGAUUGCAUUUAGAAAUAUUAGCAAUAAAUUUUGAUACUCAGGUAUCAACA